AUGGAAAUGAAAAUUUUGUUCACCGUGCUAUCAGCAGUUGUACUUGUUUGUCAUGGAUCUCCAAUAGUAGAUAAUGCUAAAAUAUUGUCUGGAGUUUUCAUUCCGGCUGAAACGUCCCUUCAAGAAACCCCUCAACAGCAACAACAAAUUUCUAUUAGUCAACAACCGGAACAACAAACUGUUGUUCAACCGAAUCAACAGCUAGUUUAUCAAACGCAACCGCAACAACAAGCCAUUGGUCAACCCAACCAAAUGCUAGUUUAUCUGGCGCAACCUCAACAACAAGCUGUUGGUCAACAGAACCAACAAGUAUUUUAUCAAACGCAACCACAACCAUCCACUCAGCAACUAAUUAGUCAGCCACAGCAGCAGGUUGUUAGCCAACCAGAUCAACAAAUUGUAUACCAACAACCGCAACAAAUUAUUGUAGCUCAACCAAAUCAACAAGCGGUUUAUCAACAACAACAACCCGGUCAACAAGUUAUCGUUGGUCAGCCGAAUUCUCAGGCCAUCUACCAACAGGGAGCGCCUGGACAAAUUGUUGUAGGUCAGCCGACAUACGUAAAUCAACAACCACGUCCGGUGUACAUCUCGCAACCAGCUAACCAACAGCCAGCAUUGGUGAACCAGCAACCUAAUCGCGGACAGCCGAUAUAUUUCGCGCAACCAGGACAAACCGUGUUAUUAGCCCAACCGAACCAGCCUUCAGGUCAACAACAGUAUGUGAUCGGUCAACCUCCCCAGCAGACGAUACUUGUUGGACAAUCCGGUCAGUUUGUAAAUCAAAGGCCACCACCGGGCAGUGUGUACGCACUCGUGCCAGUCUCAAAUUCAAAUAAUCCAAAUCUUAGUCAAAGUCAAGGCAGUGGAACCAUUUACAUCCCUGUACAAGGAUCGAAUCAAGUUUUCGCUGUCUCUUCUUAA